AUGGGUCGCGUCCAACUGCACUGUCCCUCCACGCACAAAACCAUCGACGGCUUCGUCAUCGGCGCAUACCAGAAACCCGAGCAAGUCCUGCAGGGCGUGCGGCUGGCCCUCGACAUCAAGUACGCAGCGCUCUACACAACCGACGCGCGGCACAUUAGCGACCCGCAGACGCUGCAGGAAGACGAGCGCGUGCUAGUUGCCGCGCACGAAGAUGAAGUCAUGUUGCCGGAUGCAGUGUACAGCUACGUAUUGUAUGCGGGAGAGGAAGAGGCGGAUGUGGAUCCGGAUGUGGAGGGGUAUGGGGAGGAGUGGGUGAAUCUCAGCGACCACGAAAAAAGCCAGCAUAUACUCAGCUUGAGCGUGACGAAGCCGUCAUCAAGGAAUAAAAUGCGUAUCACCCGCCCGUAUGCAGCCGUGCAUGCGGAAAUGGUAGCGAUAAAACAGUGCGAUAUUAGCGUGGCGUCAGCAGCACCACUGCCAUCAUCAGUAUCAGUAUCGGUAUCAGCGGGAGAACAAGAACAAGAAGGAGAAGGAAAGGGGAAAUCAGAAGCAGAACCAAGCACAUCCAACACCCCCCACGAAACUCUUAUCCAGGACCGCUGGGGCAUAUCUCUCGACGCACUCCUCCCCCCAAGCAUGAAGCCGUCAACCGGAAAAUACACAUCCACAACGCACGCAUCAGCACUCGCACCCGCCACGCUCGCCGCGCUCUCGCUCUUCGCGUCAUGCACACACGGCCAACCGCGACUCGCCUGCGAAGUCCUGAGCGAAGCUGUAGCGCUGCGCACCGAGGAAGACCAGACUGAAGAUCGCGAUCCCGUGCUGCGCAUGGACGAUGUGCUGAAUGCACUCGACAUGGUGUAUGAGCGCGCGGGCGUGAUUCCAGUCAAACUGACCAAGGGGAAGAGCGGGAAGGCGCGCAAGAGGGCGAAGGGGAGGGCAAGGAAGAGCGAGGGUAGUGGCGGGGCUUGA